GUCAAUACUGGUGGUGGUCGGCCUGCGCAGAGGAGCGUCGGCGUCGUCCCUAAUUUAUGAGCUUCGCCUCUGCUUUUUAGGCGAAAAUGAGUAGGCGAGAAGAGACAUCAUUGGUGGAGCGGUCAUCUGCCACCAAGAGGCCGGCGGCUGAGGGGGAUGAGGGGGGGGAGGAGCCAAAGAAAAAGAUUAGUUUUGGCCUCGGCAAACCCCUAGACAAAGGCACUGUGGGAAUGCCUCCAACCGCAAAGAAAACCCUUGGUGGCAUUUCAAUCAAGCUUGGCCAGUCGCAGCAGAAAAAUGCCACCCAGACUGGAGCAUCUGCAUUGAAGCCAAAGGUCGGAGCAGCAGCGUCCGUUUUCGGCUCGGAAGACGACGAUGAUGUUGAGGAGGAGAUGCCACCAGAGGCAAAAAUGAGAAUGAAGAAUAUAGGAAGAGACACACCAACAUCUGCAGGGCCAAACAGCUUUGGCAAGACGAGGAUGGGUUUCUGCGAUUCAAAAAAGAUUUACGAGAAACAGUUAAGAGAUGUCCAGGAUAAAGCGAACAAGUUAGAAUAAUCGUGAGAGUCGUUAGGGUUAUAGAAAAUGUCCAAAAAAUGUUAUUGCGGGUAAUCUAGAAUCCACGUAGUAGGAAGAGUUUGGAUGCAUUUUGUUGAUUUUGAGGUGGAAGAUGGUUCUUGAGUAUGGAUUUGCAAAUGAAGAGGCUCUCUGUCAAGACCAAUGAUGUGUUCUGUUACAGUGUUUGAUCGGAUGUAAGAGUCUAGACAGUAAAAGUCUUUGCUCAUAUAGGUAACCUUAAGGCAUACAUAAUAGGGAUUUGGAAGUUAGGGGAAGGUGGCAUGAUCUGGUGCAACUGACAUAGCAGCACAGUCAACCUAAUUUAUAUAAAAAAAAGGCUUGCACAGACGACUUUAGUGGUCAGAUUUGUUGUCAGUUUGUGAAAUAAAAAGCACAUAACAACCACUGCUGGGUCAUUUCAUCACAAAUGACUUUAGUUUUAUGAUGGAAAAUGUACAUUUAAUCUGUUUGGGGCUAUUCACUGUUUAUUAGUGUGUGUGUGGCACUGAUGAAAUACUUGGUGUGAGUACUGAAGCUUCCUGCCAUCAUGUACACUUUUCUUGCUUAUACAAGCCAUGUACAUUUAGCAUUAUAGUCUCAGCUAUUUAGGAAGAGAGGAAAUGAACUGAAAUUUAUGGGGUUUGUAUUUGUUUUACGUGAAAAGAAUAUUGGCAUGGAGGAUGAUCAUAGUAAUAUUAACCCAGUGCCCCUGUUUAUGUUCAUUCUAAUUUUAGUUUAUUGUUUGGCUCCACAGGUGCUUAGUCAUACUUAUCUCACCUGUUUACCCUUUUAUUUGAUUUUUGUAAAGGUAUUAUUUUAUUUGUUAUUUUUGUUGUUAUUAGUAAUUCAUUAUGAUUUUUAUAACAUGAAAAUCAUAAUGUCAAUGAUAAUAACAUUAUAAAUUUUCAUAGCAUUAGAAAAAAAAAAAUGCGAAUUCAAGGCAUGGGGGAACUAGGCACAGUCACUAGAGCCUAUUAAUUGACUCCAUGGAGGCUGAGCACUUGUGGAGCCAUCUGUGUGCAACAAUUUCACCAAAAAAUCUACAGUAAGUAAACCUGGGGCCAGAGGGUUAACAGUGCGAAUGACCUUGAUAAAGUCUUAUAAACACGACAAGAGCAUUUGAAUAAUGAUCUAAUCAUUUUGAAAGUUUAAGAAAAUAGUUAUAGUUACUGUAACUUCACUUUAAUUGUGUAAUAUUAAAGGAAAAAAUGAGAUUUAUUUUUCUGUUAUUACCACUAACUCGAAAAUAUGUUCAUUUGUAUCGUUCAGUUUAUAGGAAUUGGUCUUUCUUGUGAUUUCAGGGACUAGUAUUUGUGUAUAAUAAUAUAUCUAUAUCUAUCUAUAUAUAUAUAUUAUAUAUAUAUAUAUAUAUAUAUAUAUAUAUAUAUAUAUAUAUAUAUAUAUAUAUAUAUAUAUAUAUAUAUAUAUAUAUAUAUAUAUAUAUAUAUAAUUUGUGGUUUGAAAUGCAAGAAAUGAUUCUGUAAUUUCUUUUCUAGGUACACAAGAAUUAAAUAUUUUGAAAUGAAUAUUUGUGUUUUUGAAGGUUGAAGUAUACUUUUUUUGUGGCACAGUUUAGUUAUAAAGCCUUCAUGAUUAUUGUUUAUCUAUAGAACUUCCUAAAAUGAAGUCUAGUUAAUACGAUGAUGUCUCUUCCAUGUAGCAUAAACAGCGAUACUUUUAGGAAAAAAUUAAAACAAGUUAUUGCAGGAUUUUGUAGAAUUCAAAGAAGUCUUACAUUAAGAUUUCAGAGGUUUCUUGUACUGCUAUAUAUAUUUAUGAAAUGUACUUAUUAAUUUAUAAUAGAUUUUGUCACUGACUGGUGUUACUUGCUUUGUCAUCACUGUCUGUUAUGUAUGUUUGUGUCGUGUUCAUAAAAAGAUUAAACAUUUUCAUAAGAAGGCAGAUGGCAAUAAUGUCAGCCCUCCCUCUUAAAGGAGAGAUUAAAUCUUGUGUAGCUGUUAGUAUAUGCAAGUGUCCAAUUGAAGAGCACAGUUGUGGGUAUUGAAUUGUACCUUUUGUUGCUAUAAACUGGCUUUGUCAGUGUGGACAGCAUGCUCCAUUUAAAAGCUGUCCAAAAGUAAACACUAUGCCAAGUUGUCUGUGGUGGGAACUCUUUCUCAUCAUGCAGUUUACCUUCAGUAUUGUAGGAUUUAGUGAAGUAAUGGCUUUUAUUAGCUACAGUACUUGGUGAAUCCAAGAACAGGUAGUGUUUCAUCAGUGUUGCUGAAAAUGUUCCUUACUUAAACUACACAUUGUCCCAUUUCCAGAUAUGAAUGUUGGCGCAAUAUACUUUAAUAUAAGUACUGUGUACUUUGUGUGAAUGUUUUGAAAUUUUGAUUUUUUGCUGUAGUUGAUUCUAAUGGAAAAAAAUAUAUUGUCGUAUGUAAGACAGUUUGUAUGGCAGUCCAGUACGUUUGCAUUUGAUGAUCAUAGAAAUUGCAAUGUGUUUUACAGAUUUCAUUUUGAAUAGUGUUCAGUUUAGGGAAGGUGGCAAUAAUGAUAAAAGAAUUAGAAUUGCACAAAGAUAGAAAAAAAUCAAUUUUUUUUUUUUUUUUUUUUUUUUUUUUUUUUUUUUUUUUUUAAGAUACAUACAAUUAACUGCAGGCUUCCUUAUUCUUUUUAAUUUUCUUUCUUAUCAUUGCAAUCAAGUACUGUGUUUAGCAGGGUGGUUGUACACUAUCUUAUUUUAGAGAUAGAUGCAUAAAAGUAAAUGUAGAUUUGAACACUUCUACAUUUGAUGUCUUCUCUAGAUUUGUCAUAAUAGAUAUUUUCUCCUCAAAAUGAUUCAGAUGAUAGUAGAACGUUUGGAAUUUUAGAGUAGUCUGUUAUCCCUUCUUUGAUUUUUAUAUAUUUAUUUUGUUUACCUACGUUUAUUAUACAUAUAGAUGCCUUUGUAACUUUUUUAGUAUCGUUAAGAAAGUUAUUUUCAUGGAUCUAUAAGUCUGUUCUUGAAUGAUUUCUCUAUGUGUUCAAUCUUAAGGUUUUUAAUCAGUAUUUAAUUAAAAUGGUUACCAUUUACCAUCAGGAAUUUCAUCUUGAAUUUUUAGUACCUCAGAAGAGAGUAUUCCAGGAUAUUUAUAUUUACUCUUGAGCUUUAGUAGUGAUAGAAGCUCUUUAUUGAUGUAGCAUUAUUUUUUUAGCUUGUCAAAAAAAGGUCAGUUCUUUGAAACCUUUCUUUCUUUCUCUUUUCUUUCUUCCUUUUUUUUUCCUUAUCUGAUCAGAUCUUGAAUUGUAUCAUUUACACCAUGAUAUUCACAUAUGCACUUAUGCAUAAGCACUAAUUAUUAACAAACUAUUGGUACGCUUAAUAUGUAAGAUAAUUCUAUUCAUUUAAAGGUACGAUAUCCAUACAGGCCAUUUUAAGCUUUUUGAUUAUAAUUUGCAUUCCAAAAUAAAGAUUUGUUAAUUUUCA